AUGAAGACGAUUGGCAUCUUCCCGGCCUCAGGGGGUCUUGGCGGAAGCACCUACCGCCACCUGCUCGGCAUGGUGCCAAACGAUAAAGUGAUCCUGAUCAGCCGCUACCCAGAGAAGGUACCACAGCAGUACAUUGAUGCCGGCGUGCGCACCCGUCAAGCAUCCUACGAAACGCCUCCCUCCGAGCUGGAAGCGGCCUUCGCGGGAAUCGACAUCCUCUUCCUUAUAUCCUACCCCUCCCAUGUCCGCGAUUACCGCAUCAAGGUCCAGCUCCCAGCGGUCGAUGCCGCGCGGCGCGCGGGCGUCAAGCACAUCUUCUACAGCUCGCUGGCCUUCGCCGGCCCGGCAAGCUCCACGAGCUCCCUGGCGGAGGUGAUGCAGGCGCACCUGGCGACCGAGGCACACCUGCGCGAGCUGGCUGCCGCCAACAGCGCCUUCACCUACACGUCGAUCCGCGAAGGCCUGUACGCCGAGUCGACGCCCAUCUACACGGCGUUUUUCAAGCCUACCGGUGCCGGUGCUGGUGUACCCAGUGAGAUCCUGAUCCCCCACGACGGCACCGGCCCCGGCGUCGCGUGGGUUGCGCGUGACGAGCUGGGCGAGGCCACGGCGCGGCUGAUUGCCGCGUAUGCUGCUGCCGAGGAGAAAGGGGAGAGCUGGGAGUAUGUGAAUCAGACGGUGCUGCUUACGGGAACCAAGGUGUGGAGCUUAGAGGAGACGGUGAGGGUAUUGGCCGAGAUUGCCUGGACGCGGGUGCGUAUUCGGCAGGUUUCUGUGGACGAGUACGUCAAGCUCGAGCAGGUGCAGGCCGUGUUCCAGUCGGAGGAGAAAGCCAGGACGUGGGCUACCGCGUGGGAUGCAAUUCGGGCCGGGGAGACGGCUGUGGUGACGGGGGAAAUGGAGAAGAUUCUGGGGAGGAAACCGCUCGAGUUCGAUGUUGCGGCGAGGAAGUAUUGGAGUCAGUGA